AUGGUCGUCGCUCCCCACGAUCCGUUGAAGAGCGACGAGGCAAAGGAUGCCGGGUGGGAGGCCGGCAAGGGAGGUCUUAUCGGAGCAGCCAAAUGGGGUGCUGGAGCGGCGAUCCUGGGGAGCGCCGCCUUCUUCUGGUCUCCGGUCUACCGCAAAACCACCAUUCAGUUCAAAGUUUAUGUUCAAAUGUCAGCCAUGGUCCUCGGCGGCAUGAUCGAGGCAGAUCAACGUCUGAGGCAGUAUGAAGCUCAGGUGAGAGCUCAGAGGAGGUGGCUCAGAGAAAAGGCAAAGUGGGACAGGUACGAGCAAGAAAUUGCACAGAACAAUGGUAAAUAA